AUGCCCGAGUAUGAGAAUGCACCGCCGGUUGUGGAGGAAAUAGUUGAGGAGGUCACUGUUGAGGUUUCAGGCAAAAAGAAUGAUGAGAAGAAUAAAGGAGCUUCGCCAACAACUGUGACUAUACCAUUCCCUCAGCGCCAUCAGAAAGAGAGGAUGAAAGAGCGGCUCUCUAAGUUUUUAGAGAUUUUCAAAAAGAAGUUGGGGGAGUUUGAGACCGUGAGGCUCAAUGAAGAAUGCAGCGCGAUUCGGCAGAGGAAGCUGCCGGCGAAGGUUAAAGAUCCGGGCAGUUUCACACUUUCAUGCAUUAUUGGAGGCCAGCAUUUCGGGAGGUCACUUUGCGACCUGGGGGCAAGCAUCAAUCUCAUGCCUCUAUCUGUUUUUCAGCAGCUGGCGAUUAGGGAGUUGAAGCCUACAUCUAUGAGGCUAGCAGAUGGCAGACAGGAUGACAAUAAAAUUCCGCUGAUUUUGGGGUACCCGUUCCUUGCAACGGGAAGAGCUUUGAUUGAUGUGGAAAAAGGAGAUCUCACGUUGCGAGUUCAUGAUGAAAGCCAAACAUUCUAUGUCUAUCAAGCAUGCCGCAUCCACAAGGAUGAAGUGCCCAAGAAAGCUAGAGAUCCGGGAAAGGAAAGGAGCAUGGCUGGCAAAAGUGGAGCAGAGCGCAGCUGGUCGAUGCACUGCUUGUACCAGCCUCCGUGA